GCAUGGAGGCGGCGGCGGCGGCUGAGGCGAAGGCGCCCUCCUCCUCCUCCUUCUCCUUCCUGCUGAGGAGCCGAGCUCGGCCGCGGCGGCGAGGGGCGGAGGGCCCUUAAGCGGAGGCCGGGAGAGGGACGCCGAGGACUGAGGGAGGGCGGCCGGCCAUGGACUGAGGGGAGCGGCGGCGCCAUGGGCAACAAGGAGUCCCGCAUCGGCUUCCUCAGUUACGACGAGGCCUUGCGAAGGGUGACGGACCUAGAACUGAAACGGCUGAAAGAUGCCUUCAAGAGGACCUGUGGCCUCUCCUGCUACAUGAGCCAGCAGUGCUUCAUUCGGGAUGUGCUUGGAGAUGGAGUUCCUCCAAAAGUGGCCGAGGUUAUCUACUGCUCUUUUGGCGGCAUGUCCAAAGGCCUACACUUCAAUAACUUGAUUGUGGGAUUAGUCCUCCUGACAAGGGGUCGAGAUGAAGAGAAAGCAAAAUAUAUUUUCAGCUUGUUCUCCAAUGAAUCUGGGAGCUAUGUUGUCCACGAAGAGAUGGAGAAGAUGCUCCUUAUGGUUGACGGGAGGGUCCCAGAGUCUCUCAAGAAAUGUUUCUCUGAGGGUGAAAAGGUAAACUACGAGAAGUUCCGAAGCUGGCUGUUGUGCAACAAAGAGGCCUUCACGUUUUCCCGCUGGUUGCUGUCUGGCGGGGUGUAUGUUACACUCACGGAUGACAGCGACACCCCCACCUUCUAUCAAACGCUUGCUGGCGUCACGCACCUGGAAGAAUCUGAUAUCAUUGAUCUUGAGAAACGGUAUUGGCUCCUGAAAGCUCAAUCGAGAACAGGGCGCUUUGACCUGGAAACUUUUGGACCCUUGGUUUCCCCACCAAUCCAUCCGUCUCUGAGCGAAGGUCUGUUUAAUGCCUUUGAUGAAAACCGUGACAAUCACAUAGACUUCAAAGAGAUAUCCUGCGGACUUUCGGCCUGUUGCCGGGGGCCGGUGGCCGAAAGACAGAAAUUUUGCUUCAAGGUUUUUGAUAUUGACCGAGACGGAGUUUUGUCUCGUGGGGAACUUGAAGAAAUGAUGGUUGCCCUUUUGGAAGUAUGGAAGGAUAAUCGGACGGAUGACAUUCCUGAGAUGCACACAAACAUCCCCGACAUUGUGGAAGCGGUUCUCAAGACGCACGACACCACCAAGCUUGGGCACCUCACGUUGGAGGAUUAUCAGAUCUGGAGCGUGAAGAGCGCUCUUGCCAACGAAUUUCUGAACCUACUCUUUCAGGUGUGCCAUAUCGUCUUAGGUUUAAGACCUGCUACUCCCGAAGAGGAAGGGCAGAUCAUAAGGGGAUGGUUGGAACGGGAAAGCAGGUACGGCCUUCAGCCGGGACACAACUGGUUCCUGAUCGCAAUGCAGUGGUGGCAACAGUGGAAAGACUACGUCAAAUAUGAUGCGAGCCCUGUUGUGAUUGAGCCUUCAUCCGUAUUGAACGGAGGCAAGAACCUGCGACCAGGUCCCAGUUCCCGUACGGCGGAGCAAGGAGAAGACAAAGCAGGUGGCGUAAAUUACGUUGAAGAAAAGCUUUCCGAUAACGUUUCCUCUGCGUCGGAAGCCUCCGAAACCACUGGCAGCAAUUUCCUUCACAGCAGCAGUCCUACCACCGAGAUGUGCUUUGCCCGCCAGCUGAACUCCUCGGACAACAACAACCAAUGCCUGCUCGGCUCGAAUGGGAAUGUAUUAUUGCAGCUUAGUCCACAGCGGCCAGGAGCCAUUGAUAACCAGCCGCUCGUAACGCAAGAUCCCAUGAAGGCUCCAACGUUGACCCUGGAAGGCGGCCGACUCAAACAGUCCCCGCCGCUGAUUCAAGGGAAGAGUUAUGAAAUUGUCCCCGAGCCGGUGUGGAGGGCGCUUUAUCAUUGGUACGGUGCAAACCUGUCUUUACCUCGGCCGGUGAUUGUCAACAAUACAACCCGCCAUCCUGAACUGGAGCUAUUUCCCCGCUACCUGCUCUUCCUGCGCCAGCAGCCAGCCACCCGGACGCAGCAGUCCAAUAUCUGGGUGAACAUGGGUAUGAUGAGCCUGAGGAUGUUUCCUCACCAGUUGCCGAGAGGGAACGUCCCCUCGCCCAGUGCCCCCUUAAAGCGGGUCUUGGCCUACACGGGUUGCUUUAGCCGCAUGCAGACCAUCAAGGAGAUCCACGAAUAUCUCUCGCAGAGGCUGCGGAUCAAAGAGGAGGACAUGCGCUUGUGGCUGUACAACAGCGAGAACUACCUUACGCUUCUGGACGAUGAGGAUCACACGCUGGAGUACCUGAACAUCCAAGAUGACCAACACUUAAUUAUAGAAGUCCGGAACAAAGACAUGAGUUGGCCCGAGGAAAUGUCCUUUAUCGCAAACAGCAGCAAAAUAGAUCGGCAUAAAGUCCCUACGGAAAAAGGGGCCACGGGCCUGAGCAACUUGGGGAACACCUGCUUCAUGAAUUCCAGUAUCCAGUGUGUCAGUAACACACAACCGCUGACUCAGUAUUUCAUCUCAGGCAGACAUCUGUAUGAGCUCAACAGGACAAAUCCGAUAGGAAUGAAGGGACAUAUGGCCAAAUGCUACGGCGAUUUGAUCCAAGAGCUGUGGAGUGGGACGCAAAAGAACAUCGCGCCUUUAAAAUUACGGUGGACGAUAGCGAAGUAUGCUCCUCGCUUUAAUGGAUUCCAGCAGCAAGACUCUCAGGAGCUCCUGGCUUUUCUUUUGGACGGCCUCCAUGAGGAUCUGAACCGUGUUCACGAAAAGCCCUACGUAGAACUGAAGGACAGCGAUGGGCGGCCCGACUGGGAGGUGGCGGCAGAGGCCUGGGAGAAUCACCUGCGGAGGAACCGUUCGAUUGUGGUGGACUUGUUCCACGGGCAGUUGAGGUCUCAAGUCAAGUGCAAGACUUGCGGCCACAUCAGCGUGCGCUUUGACCCCUUUAAUUUCUUAUCGUUGCCCCUCCCGAUGGACAGCUACAUGCACAUAGAAAUUAUAGUCACUAAGUUAGACGGCACGACCCCCGUUCGAUAUGGUCUGAGGCUCAACAUGGAUGAGAAGUACACAGGGCUGAAAAAGCAUCUCAGCGACUUGUGCGCCUUGAAGCCAGAGCAGAUCCUCCUCGCAGAAGUACACAGCUCCAACAUCAAGAACUUUCCUCAAGACAACCAGAAGGUCCGGCACUCUACCAGCUCUUCUUUGUGCGCAUUCGAGAUACCGAUCCCCGGGUCCCCCACGUCGACUUCUUCAAGUCCUGUUCAAACAGAAUUCCACAAUGGACAGCCGGCAAACGGGAUGCUCGGAGGGCUGAUGAAUGGAGACCUUUCUCGAUCCACUUUGAUCCCGAACGGGAUGCCAAACACGGUGGUGCCCUGCAGGAUGGAGAACGGCUUCUCCAACACGAUACCCAAUGGUCAUGCGGUCUCACCUUCCGACAGCCCCUUCAUCGGCUACAUCAUUGCGGUGCACCGGAAAAUGAUGCGGACAGAGAUGUACUUCCUUUCGGCUCAGAAGAACCGGCCCAGCCUCUUUGGCAUGCCCCUGAUUGUUCCCUGCACCAUUCACACGCGGAAGAGGGACUUGUAUGACGCCGUAUGGAUCCAAGUGUCCCGACUUGCCAGCCCCCUCCCUCCCCAAGAGGCCAGUAAUCAUGCCCAAGACUGUGAUGAUAGCUUAGGUUACCAGUACCCCUUCACCCUGCGAGUGGUUCAGAAGGACGGCAACUCCUGCGCUUGGUGCCCUUGGUACCGUUUUUGCCAUGGCUGCAAAAUCGACUGCACCGAAGAGAGGGCUCACAUGGGCAACGCCAACCUUGCCGUCGAUUGGGAUCCCACGGCGCUCCACCUUCGGUACCAGACGUCACAGGAACGGAUUGCGGAGGAGCACAGAAGUGUGGAGCAAAGCCGCCGCGCUCAGGCCGAGCCAAUCAACCUGGACAGCUGCUUGCGUGCUUUCACGAGCGAGGAAGAGUUGGGCGAGGACGAGAUGUACUACUGCUCCAAGUGCAAGACCCACUGCUUGGCCACCAAAAAGCUGGACUUGUGGAGGCUUCCCCCUAUCCUGAUCAUCCACUUGAAGCGCUUCCAGUUUGUCAAUGGCCGCUGGAUCAAAUCCCAGAAAAUUGUCAAGUUUCCCCGCGAGGAUUUCAACCCGAGUGCCUUCCUGAUGCCGCGGGACCCCAGCUGCUGGGCGCAGAAGCCCAUGACCCCACAGCCCGACGACCUUUCGGAGCCUCAGGCUCUGCUGGAAGAGUGCAGGAGGAUGGAAGUGCUGCCCAACACAUCCGGGGAAGGGGACGCCAUGGCCAGGAGCCCCUCCUCCCUCAGCGCAUCCAACAUCUUCAAUGAUGUCAAAGCCUCCCCAUCUUCUGGAAGGAAGUCUGCCUCUGCCUGCCCUUCGAAUAAAAACAUUAGCCCAACCGGAAGCCCGAGGACUUUGGGCCGGAGCAAAGGGCGUCUCCGGCUACCUCAGCUCUGUAAAAACAAACUUUCCGGCAGCAAGGAAAACCUGGACCUCAGCCGAGAGAACGGCAUGGAUCUGGAGCCAGGAGAGGGCUUCUCGCGAGGGCAGGCUUUGGGGGGCAGCCAGGGCGAGCUCUGCGCCCCUUCGGAGGCCGAGGGGACUUUGGCCAACGGGUACCUUUGCAAGCAGAACUCUCACAGCAACGGCAGCAUCGACGGCCAGCUGGACGCGGUUGGCGAGGAGGAGAUGGCGGAAGACCAAAGAGGAGGAGAGAUCUGCGUGAACCCCAUCUACAACCUUUAUGCAAUUUCGUGCCAUUCAGGAAUUAUGGGAGGAGGUCAUUACGUCACAUAUGCCAAAAACCCCAACGACAAAUGGUACUGUUAUAACGACAGCAGCUGUAAGGAACUGCAUCCCGACGAAAUUGACACUGACUCUGCCUACAUCCUUUUCUACGAGCAGCAGGGGGUCGACUAUGCACAAUUUUUGCCAAAGACGGAGGGCAAGAACAUGGCGGACACGAGCAGCAUGGACGAGGACUUUGAGUCGGACUACAAGAAGUACUGUGUCCUCCAGUGAGCGAGUCUGCAUCCGGCGGACCGUGCAGAAGGGGGCGGCUUUGGGCCUCGUGCGGUUUUUAAUCCAAGCGGAAGAGCUCGGCGCCGUUUUUAUUUCGUUUUUAUUCUUUCCCUCUUGUGACCGGAAAGCACAACUAGGAGGAGAGGAAAUUGAAAAAUAACCCUAACUAAUUAAAUAGCCGGUCCCCUGAUGAGAGAGUAUUGCUUUUCAUCAGACUGCCUGGUACAUUAUCUUCUCACCAACAUGGUUUAAGCCGAGCCAGUUUAAAUUUCAGGUAAACAACAUUAACAGUUGGUUCAGAGUGAUCUAACGUUGCUUGGGUUGGGAUUUUUAUUUUUUUACACAUGUAUUCAUAGGAGAAGUAAGAGAGCAGGGACAACCCUUUGGACGCUCUCUUCCGAUCUCAAGGUGAAUUAACUUGUAGUGUUGUCUGUCGACGGCAUGAACCGGCUACCUCCUUUUUUUUCCUGGUGUUUCAUUCUCUUUUUAGGCAAGGAAGGCUAAAAAAAAAAAUAGGCCUCCUGCACAAAAGCCCAUAACUUUAGGGAGUUGGGUCCUUUCAGAUUUUAAUCCCAUUGGAUGCGUGCAUCUUUGCAUGCCAUGGGAGCUUCCAUGUCAUGCG